AUGGACUCUGUGGAAUUCAGGAGACGAGGAAAAGAAAUGGUUGACUUUAUCGCCAAUUACAUGGACACCAUUAAUGGGAGGAGAGUUACACCGGAAGUGGAACCUGGUUACCUAAGAAACCUACUUCCAGGAAAACCGCCACUAAAAGGAGACAAAUUUGAAGAUAUAAUGAAUGAUGUUGAAAGGGCAAUCAUGCCCGGUAUAACCCAUUGGCAGCAUCCAAAUUUUCACGCCUAUUUUCCCGCUGGCAACUCCUUCCCCUCUAUUCUGGGUGACAUGAUGUCGAAUGCUAUUGGUUGCGUUGGUUUUUCAUGGGCUGCAAGUCCUGCCUGUACAGAAUUGGAGACCCUCGUCUUAGACUGGAUAGGAAAAUCAAUAGGAUUGCCAAAACAGUUUUUGCAUGAAGAGGGAAAAGGCGGUGGAGUUAUUCAGGGUUCUGCUAGUGAGUGUGUCCUUGUAAUGUUGCUGGCAGCCAGACACAAAGCCAUGACACAACUGAAGAAACAACUUCCAUACAUGGAAGAUGGUGUUCUUUUGUCCAAACUUGUAGCCUAUUCAUCAAAACUGGCACACUCUUGUGUAGAAAAAGCAGGGAUGUUGGGUUUUGUCAAGAUGAGGCAACUGGAUGUCGAUGAACAGUAUUCACUAAGGGGACAUGUUCUCGAAAGGGCAAUAGAGGAAGAUAGACGUCUUGGUCUUAUUCCAUUUUUUGUAUGCUCAACAAUCGGCACCACAGCGUGUUGCUCGUUUGAUAAUGUUGCGGAGCUGGGGGAAGUGUGUGCCAGAGAAAAUGUCUGGCUACAUGUGGACGCUGCUUAUGCUGGGAACGCCCUCAUUUGUCCUGAAUUUAGGUUUCUUAUGAGCGGAAUUCAGAAUGUUACCUCUAUCAACUUUAACCCAAACAAAUGGCUUCUUGUGAACUUUGACUGUUCUCUAUUAUGGAUCAGCGACAAUUCCCUCUUAACUUCAUCAAUGACGGUUGAUCCUCUAUAUCUACAGCACAAACAUGACGAUAAAACAGUUGAUCUUCGGCACUGGGGGAUCCCACUGAGUCGGCGAUUCAGAGCCUUAAAGCUGUGGUUUGUACUACGUACAUAUGGAAUAGAGGGACUGCAAGCACAAAUACAUCUGCAUGUAAAAUUGGCAAAGUUAUUCGAAACAUUUGUGAAGAAUGAUGCCAGAUUUGAGAUUCUUGGAAAAGUUGCAAUGGGUCUCGUAUGUUUUCGAUUAAAGGGACCAAACUCUUUAACAGCUAAGUUAUUGCACAUGAUUAAUGAAUCUGGAAAACUUCACAUGGUACCGGCUCUUCUUAAUGAAGUGUACGUUAUACGAUUCGCAAUCUGCGCCCAAAAUGCCAAAGAAGAAGACAUUGAAUUUGCUUGGAAGAUUAUUUCAACCGAGGCCAGCUCUCUGUUGAUGGAACGAGAAUAUAUUGAGAAUGGAAUGAAUACUGAAAAGCUAGAAAGUGCUGAGCAGAAAAAUCCCGACAUUGAUGACGUGUUUCCCGAUUUUGAUGAUGAAUUUAUCUUUGACCAGCAAAAAAGUAAUUUGCAUCGAGCUCGCCUUCGUCGAAGUUUGUUCAUGAGGAUGGUUUCAGACCCUAAAUGCUAUAAUCCAAAGGUUCUUAAAGCAUUGUGUACGGACAAAAAGAGAACAAAGAGUACGUCAUCCGAUGAAAUUGUCGACUUUAACUUUGAAAAGUGA